AUGACUAAUACCAAGGGCUAUCGUCGUGGUACGAGGUACAUGUUUGCUAGAAAAUUUAGGAAGCAUGGACCCCUCUCCACCUAUGUAUAUAUGCGCGUUUUUAAGCGCGGCGAUAUCGUUGACAUUGUUGGUGAUGGUGGUGUCCAAAAAGGUAUGCCCCACAAGAGCUAUCAUGGCAAAACUGGACGUGUGUUUAACGUAACUAAGCACGCCGUUGGUGUUAUUGUCAAUAAACGUGUGGGCAACCGCAUCAUUCCCAAGCGAAUUAAUGUUCGCGUUGAACACGUUCGUCCAUCCAAGUGCCGUGUUGAGUUUCUCAAUCGCGUAAAGGAGAAUGAUGAAAAGCGUAAGCUGGCUAAAGCCGAGGGUAAACAAUACAAGCUUAAGCGCGAACCCGUUGGACCUCGUCCUGCUCAUUUAGUUCGUACCCGUAACAAUCCAGUUGUGACCCUCCAGCCUCUACCAUACGAGUUGAUUGCAUAA